AAAGAAAAGUGUAAUUGGCGAUAUCGGUUUCGAAGAACGUCGAACAGUUUAAAAUCUGGCAACCUAAUUGCAUUUUCACGACUAAGUUUCAGGAAAGCAUGGAGGACAGUAGCCGCGGUGAGAGUUUGUGCAAAGUUUGCGGCGACAAAGCAUCCGGCAAGCAUUACGGAGUACCGAGUUGCGACGGAUGCCGUGGCUUCUUUAAGCGGUCGAUCCGCAGGUAUGCGAGAAACCUGGAUUACGUCUGCAAGGAGAACGGUCGCUGUAUCGUGGACGUUUCUCGUCGUAAUCAGUGCCAGGCAUGUCGGUUUACCAAGUGCCUUCAGGUCAACAUGAAACGAGAUGGUACGCUUCGUUUCUACGCGGUGCAGCACGAAAGAGCUCCACGAAAUACGUCGUCCCUGGUCGCAGCCGCGAGAAGAGGUCCGUCGGUAUUAUAUCCUGGAAUCCCACACGUUUACCACGCAGCGAGCAACCCUUACCAUCCCCUUCUAUAUCCUGCGCUGUUUCCCUUUAAGCCGACAAUGUCGGCUUUUACACCAUCGGUCGCACAUUUUUUGCCACGUUCACCGACAGAGCCGUUAACAGUGAACACAGCUAAAGAGGACGAGGUGACGAGUUCCGAGGAGGCUGGACCGAUCGAAACGAGAAUCGAACCAAAGGAGGAACUCGCAAGCGCUCGACUAGCACCGUCUGUCACGAAUUCCGGAGCAACAGAAUAUAUAUCUAGCUUCUCUAUUUUACCCACGGAGAACAUCUACGAAUUUGCGGCGAAAUUACUCUUCUUUGCUGUCAGAUGGGCGAGAAGCAUUCAUUCGUUCCUACAACUGCCCUACAGGGACCAAACUAUCCUACUGGAAGAAUCAUGGAGCGAGCUUUUCGUGUUGACCGCCGCGCAAUGGAACUUUCCAGUCGAAGAAUCCACUUUGGUACCGAACGAUUUAUCAUCCGAAAGAAAAGAAACGCUGGUCGACGAAGUAAGGAAGCUGCGAGAGUUAUUGGCAAAAUGUGCUCUCCUCAGGGUCGAUCAUUCGGAAUACGCCUGCUUGAAAGCCAUAGUUCUCUUCAAAGGAGAAUCGCGAGGACUGUGUGAACCAGGGCGAAUAACAGCGUUACAAGAACAAACGGUAGCUGUAUUCUGCGAGAGGGAUGCACGGAGGGUUGGACGACUUUUGCUGCUGUUACCGCCUGCACGCGCGCUUUGUCGAUCGAUCUUGCAAGAAUUGUUGUUCAAGCCGACGGUAGGGGAUGUCAGCGUGGAACGAUUAUUGGGCGACAUGGUCAGUGCUCUCAGGCCGACAUAACGCCAAUUCGACUCGGUCGGUACGAUACUCUUGGAGCAAGCCACCAAUUUAUAUCGACAAUUGCUUCAAAGGCAAUUGCAACUUUUUUGGAAGAACGAUCGUUUCCAAUGAUCGUGAGAUUUCGGCGUUUUAUUGUUCGCUGUUUCUUUUCAAAUUACAAGGAGACGAGGAGUAAUAGUACCGAUGCAUCGACAGUUUACACGUCGAUAAAGAAGGUUUUUCAUAGAGAUCGAAAGUCGGCGGAAUAAUUCGAAAAGUAUUAAACGUUUACGUAAAAUCUAGUCAAUUCUUUCCUAUGCGUAUUGUAAAUUACAACACUUGACACUGUUAAGUAUAACAGCGACCUGUACAUAUACGUAUUAGAAGUAAGUGUUCUAUAAUACAUUAGCGAAGUGAAACGUUGCUCUUUUAUUACAAAAUUGUAUUUUUUUUUCUCCUUCUUUUUUCUUUUUUCAUCUUUACCGAUAAAAUUAAAAAUAUCUCGUUCGUUAAUCGUAAGAUGCAUUUCCCGAGCCAUUUUCGAUAUAUACAGGUAGAUUCGUGAACUUGUCAAAGAUUGCGGGAAGACGUGGGACAGGCGGAGUUCGUUCACGAACGAAGAAAGUCUGUGAAAUCGAAAGACAUUGAGAGA